AUGCGCACUCGGCUGCCCGUGACCAAGGACGAGCAUUUGGCGCUCACUGCCCUGGUCAGAGGAGCAGGAGCAGGAGCCGAUUCCAUUUCUGGUUCUUGGGACGGCCUCGACGUCUUCGUCCACGUCGGGACGUAUGCCCCGCCGGUCUUCGGAGAGUCGGGGGCCAGACUUGCUGUUGCCGGCAGGGGAAGGGACGCCGCCGCCGCCAAGUACGCGUCCUGGGCCAGGAUCCGGAAGAGUUUGGAAAAGAUGAGGCCUCCUGGGGUCACAGAGCUCUUGUUGACUAGUGACGGGGAUCAUCAUAUUCUUGAAGGCGCUGUCACAAACUUCUUUGUUGUCUGCCAGCAGGAGGAAAAUGAGAGGAAUGGGCAAUUCUCUAAUCAAACAAUGGCUACUAAGUUUGAAGUGCAAACAGGGCCACUGAGUGAUGGAGUCCUCCCUGGGAUUAUACGUCAGAUAGUGAUAGAGGUGUGCCAUGAUAUUGGAAUCCCAGUACGAGAGAUAUCUCCAUCGUGGUCCAAUAAUGAAUUUUGGAAAGAGCCAUUUGUUAUAAGUAGCUUAAGGCUUAUCCAGCAUGUAGAGUCAGUUCAAGUACCUUUAUUUUGGGAGGACAUACAAUCUAAAACCUGGAGCGAUGUACCUUGGGCGGUGAAGAAGUUUCAGCUGCAUUCUCUCGCCUCCCCCGAGCGACCGAUUCCCGCCGCCGGCCUUCUCCAAGCAGCCAUGGAUGAGUGGGUUCACCAAGCCGAGAGCUGGAUCCGCCAGCAGCCCCCGGAGCAGAUCUAUAUCGCGGCCGCGGUGGUUGCCCUCACAGUCCUGCUGCUUAUCGUAGCAUCUUGUCUGAAAUCCUCGAAGCCAAAUACUAUAGUGCUAUCCGGGCUUAGUGGCAGUGGAAAAACUACUAUUUUCUACCAGCUUCGGGAUGGAUCAUCACACCAAGGAACUGUGACUUCAAUGGAAGAAAACAAUGACACAUUUGUGCUGCAUUCGGAGCAAGAAAGGAAAGGCAAAGUAAAACCUGUGCAUGUUGUUGAUGUCCCUGGCCAUUCAAGGCUCAAGCCCAAGCUUGAUGAAGUCCUGCCUAAAGCAGCUGGGGUUGUUUUCGUUGUUGAUGCUCAAGAUUUCUUCUCUAGCAUGCAAGCUGCUGCAGAGUACCUGUAUGACAUUCUGACAAAGGCAACUGUAGUGAAGAAAAAGGUUCCUGUGCUUAUAUUCUGCAACAAGACAGAUAAAGUUACAGCCCACUCAAAGGAGUUCAUAAAGAAACAGUUGGAGAAAGAAAUAAACAAGCUUCGAGAAUCAAGGAAUGCCAUAUCAUCAGCUGACAUCUCUGAUGAAGUCCAGCUCGGGGUCCCUGGAGAGGCAUUCAACUUCAGCCAGUGCCAGAACAAGGUGGCUGUUGCUGAGGGUGCCGGUAUGACUGGUAAUGUUUCAGCUGUCGAGCAAUUCAUCCGUGAACAUGUGAAGGCGUAG